AUGGCUUAUUUUCUUAUUAGUGAUUUGAUGACCUGGACAUUAUUGAUUUCAUUCAUAGGUAUCUUUGCUUAUUAUGUAGUUUUUGAAGGAACAGCUCCAAUUAUUCUUCUUUCGGAUCCAGAUCUUCUUCGAAAUGUACUUAUCAAGGAUUCUAAUGUGUUUGUCAAUCGACGAACUAUCGAGAAUAUAUCAGGUCCUUUUGAACAUGGACUUACAAUAUUAAAAGAUGAACAAUGGAAAAAUGCUCGAUCAAUUGUUUCACCAACAUUCUCUACAGCAAAACUCAAAGCAAUGCAUGGCCUUAUGAAUGAAGUGAGCGAUAUGUAUAACAAUCGCCUCCUAGAAUAUGCUGAUAAACAAGAAAUAUUUAAUGUUAAUAUACUUAAUGGUCAAUAUACACUUGAUAAUAUCGCUUCUUGUCUAUUUGGUAUUGAAACAAAUUCAUUAAACAAUGAGAAUGUCACUUUGAUUAAUCAUUUGAGAAAAUUUUUCACUAUAGAUCUAACAAAUAUAUAUAUUUAUAUUACUGUAAUAUCACCACGACUGGCCAGUUAUUUAGGAAAGAAAGGUUAUUCAAUGUUACCAUCUGAUGCUGUUAAUUAUACAACUGAUCUUGUAAAUCAAAUAUUAACUCGACGUCGACAGCAUUUAGAAAGACGAAAUGAUUUCAUUCAAAUGAUGGUUGAUCAUGAAGAAGAGGUAAAAAAUGACGAACAAAUAAUACAACAAACAGAAAAAGAAAAAGAACAAAAGCAACAAUGGGGAACACUUAAAAAAACUUUAAACGAUAAGGAAAUACUUAGUCAAGCACUUGUCUUUAUGGUUGCUGGUUAUGAAACAACAAGCGUAUUAAUGUCAUUCUUUUUCUAUGUCAUGGCAACAGAACCAGUUAUACAAGAAAAAGUUUAUGAAGAAAUUCGACAAGAACUUGGAGAUGAUGAAGUUACUCACGAAAAACUUAGUCAACUUCACUAUAUAGAUAUGACUAUCAAUGAGACACUUCGAAUGUAUCCACCAUUCAUUAGAUUUGAUCGUGUCGCUUCACAUGAUUAUAAACUUGGUGAUUAUCAUAUACCAAAAGGUUCUGUUAUCAGUGUACCUGUUUAUCCAAUCCAUCAUGAUCCUAAUCUUUGGCCUGAACCAGAAAAAUUCAUACCUGAAAGAUUUUCAUCAACAGGGAAAACAAAACGACAUCCAAUGGCAUUUCUUCCUUUUGGUGAUGGACCUCGGAAUUGUAUUGGAAUGCGAUUUGCUUUAUUAGAAGCUAAACUUGCAAUAGUCAAAGCACUUCGAGUCGUGGAAUUUCAAAAAUGUGAAAAAACAGAAAUUCCACUUCAAUUGGGAAAAAUGGCAAUUCUGAAUUCUAAAAAUGGUAUUUGGUUACGUGUUGUACGUCGAUCAGAAUAA